AUGCGUUCCCAACUCUUGAGCGAAUUAGGGGUUAAUGUCUGUCACCGAACGGUUGAGAGAUAUUUGAGGCGCCUGAAGUUGAAACAACGUCAAAACGACCUCGCCAAUGGAAAAAUCACCCGAGAAGAAGUGGUUGAACUGGUCAGACAUGCUCGUGAUGCAUUACUAGCAAACACAGCAGGCUACAGAAGAAUGCGGCAGAUCUUGGUGACAAACUAUGGGGUCCACCUACCCAGACAGGUUGUUUAUGAUAUCCUGAGAGAGGUCGACCCUGAAGGAAUGCAACUGCGGCUAAAAAAGACUUGCAAAAGGAGAGUCUUCCACACAACAGGUCCAAAUCACAUCUGGUCAGCUGAUGGACACAACAAGUUAAAUAGAUUUGGGAUCACAGUAUAUGGCUUCAUUGAUGCCUGGUCAAGGAAGAUUCUGGGUAUAUUUGUACAUGUCACAAAUAAUGAUCCAAGGCACAUUGGCGCAUACUUUCUACACCUGGUUAGGGCUAUUGGUGGAAUUCCAUGGAAACUCACGACAGACAGGGGGACAGAGACAGGAAAAAUGGGCAGCUUCCAGAUCUGA